AUGGCGAAUGAACAAUCAGCAGCUUGGCCCAUUGCCGAUGAAGCUCUUUCCACUGAACUCCUUGAUCUCGUCCAGCAGGCCUCCCACUACCGUCAGCUGAAGAAGGGAGCUAACGAAGCAACCAAGACUCUUAACCGUGGAACAUCGGAGCUGAUCAUUUUGGCUGCUGAUACUUCUCCUCUUGCCAUCCUCCUUCACCUUCCCCUGCUUUGCGAGGACAAGAACACCCCAUAUGUUUAUGUGCCUAGCAAAGUUGCCCUGGGCAGAGCCUGCGGUGUGAGUCGCGCUGUGAUUGCGGCUAGCAUCACUACGAACGAGGCUAGUGACUUGACAGCACAGAUCCGCAAUAUCAAGCUUAAGGUCGAGAGAUUGAUGAUCUAG